AUGGCGAUGCCCAAACCAAUCCGGCUGCUGGCAGCGUCAUGUAUGGUUCUAUUCAUAUUCCUGGUCCUGCAGAUCAUGCGGAAUCCAAGCGAGGUGAAGGUGCCUAAGGAGAAGGAUCCCAACAGGUCUGGAGAAAUGGAUCGGGACCCAAAUCUAGAUGCGACCCUCGAACCACCAGAACCAUUACACAGAGUCGUCGGCGACAACUACGCUCCUGAAAACCCGAACAGCGACCGCAUUAAUGCCACCUUGCUAUCACUUGUCAGGAACAAGGAGCUCACGGACUUGGUGCAAUCGAUGCAAGACCUAGAGAGGACUUGGAACCAUAAAUUCAACUAUCCCUGGACCUUCCUCAAUGACGAGCCCUUCACGCAAGAGUUCAAGGAUGUCACGCGAGCGAACACAAAAGCAAACAUCUCCUACCUGCAGAUCCCAGCAGCCCAUUGGGAUGUACCCUCAUGGAUAAAUGAGGAGUUGAUGCAUGAGUCGGCGAAUAUGCUGGAGGAAGAAGAUAUCCAGUACGCGCACAUGAAGUCCUACCACCAGAUGUGUAGAUGGAACAGUGGCCUCUUCUACAAGCAUCCAGCACUGCAGGACACGCAAUACUACUGGCGAGUAGAGCCAAAAGUCCACUUCUUUUGCGACAUAGACUACGACGUCUUCCGCUACAUGCGAGACCACAACAAAACCUACGGCUUCACCAUAAGCCUCUACGAUGCGCCGCAAACAGUCAAGACCCUCUGGCCCGAAACACUCAAGUUUCUCGCCGCAGGCAACAGCCAUCUGAUGGCCCAGAACAACGCAAUGGACUGGCUAGUAGACAAAGCCGCCCGCCCAGACCACAACAUCAAAGCCAACGGCUACUCAACCUGCCACUUCUGGUCCAACUUCGAAAUAGCCGACAUGAGCUUCUUCCGCUCCCCGGCCUACGAAGCCUACUUCGAGCACCUCGACCGCGCCGGCGGCUUCUUCUACGAGCGAUGGGGCGACGCGCCCGUCCAUUCCAUCGCGCUGGGCUUGUUCGAGGAUAAGAAUAAGUUGCAUUGGUUCAAGGAUAUCGGGUAUCAGCAUAUCCCGUUCUUCAAUUGUCCGAAUAGUCCCAAGUGUCGCGGGUGCGUUACCGGGAGGUUGACGGAUGGGGAGGCGUUUUUGAAUAAGGAGGAUUGUCGGCCGAAUUACUUCAAGUAUGUUGGAAAUGAGUGGGCGGAUGAGAGUGAGAAGGGGAAGGAUGGGAAGGCGGGAAAUUAG